AAAAUAGUCAGUGAAAAUGGCGUUGUUACUUAAGAAAGCUUACGAGCUUUAUUUUCAUAUAUUUGAAGAACUUGCAGAUCCAAGAACUGAGCAUUUGCCUUUGAUGUCAUCACCAUUUCCUACCAUAAUACUUUUGGUACUUUAUUAUAAGUUCAUAUAUGAUUGGGGUCCAAAAUUUAUGGAAAAGCGUGAACCUUACGACCUGAAAAAUAUACUGAUAGUGUUUAAUUUGUCUCAAGUUAUUGCAAAUGGAUACUUAGUUUUAGUUGUAGGUAUACCUUUAUAUUUAAAAAUGAAUUGGGUUUGCCAGCCAAUUGAUUGGUCCAGAUCACCACAAGGAUAUUAUGAAUUACAUUUGACAUAUGUAUACUACCUAUUAAAAGUUUUGGAUCUAUUGGAUACCGUUUUCUUCGUUCUAAAGAAAAACUACAGGCAAGUUUCGUUCUUACAUGUAUAUCAUCACAUCGGAAUGACCAGUAUGGUUUGGGUGGCAGUUAAAUUUAUACCAGGUGGUCAGGGAGCAGUUAUUGGUUUGAUAAAUUGUUUUGUUCACACUGUUAUGUAUGGCUAUUACUUGCUGACAGCCUAUGACCCCGUUUACAAAAAGAGCGUUUUACUGAAAAAAAAUAUAACACAACUACAGCUGAUCCAAUUCUGCAUUUUCAUCUUUAUAUUUGGAAGAUUAAUGUUCAUAGACUGUUCCUACCCAAAAAUAGUUUCAUACUUUUUUGUGCCACAGAAUUUCUUCAUGCUAGUUCUUUUUGGAGAUUUUUACUAUAAAUGUUACAUAAAACAAAAACCUGUAAAUGUUAAAUAAGUAAAUCACAAUGAGGGUUUGUAUAUUUACUAUAUAUUGUAUUUUAACUUUUAACUUUUCAUUGUUUUAGAUGCUUAGAUUUAACAACGCUUUCUAUUCAUAAAUCCUGGAUGUUUUUUAUCUAGGAUGACUUGACCCACCCAUAUGCACAGUAUUUAUUAUUAUUCAUAUUGUAGAAUAGAAUUUGAUUACAACAAUACGAGACAAAUAAAUACUUGUUUGUUUAUCUGAAGUGUGCAGAAUGUAUUUAAUGAGAUUUUAUGAAAGUUCUUGUUUUUACUGAUGAUACAAAGUAUUAAGUACCUUAAUUACGUGAAAGUAAAAAAUUUAAUCAGAAUACCCAGGACAUCAGAUAAUUGUAAAUAUUUUUUUUUUAAGUUAAAAUAUGUCUGCACUCUUUAAAUUAACGUAAUGUGUUCUCAUUUUUCCUCAACUGCCCUUAAUUGUUAUGCAAAUUAGUUAAUGGAGGUGUUUAUAUUGUAAAUAAAAAUAUAAAUUUUAUAUAAAUACUUUAUCUCCGCGGGGAUCACUGGUAAUAUAGCUAUGGUUUCUAAUUAAACUAAAACAAAUUAUAAUCAUCCAUAAAGUUUUUUCUUUUAAAAAUUAUGUUUUAAACAAAAUUAGAUUAUUUUUUAGCCAAAAUUGGACAAUUUUUAAAAUGAAAGUGCUGUAAGUUACAGCCUGUAAUCAGAACAUUUUGCAGGAAAUCAGGAAACAUGGUUAAUGAUCUAACAUUUCUUCAA